AUGGAAAGAGCAUGGGCUGUCCACUUGCCCGAAGUCAAGCUCCAAGAUGCCAUUCAUCGCCUCGAACCAGGAAGCGGGGACCUGCCCAACAACCAGAGUCCUGUUGCACUUCCAGAGGCACCAGAAUUAUCAUAUAGGCCGGUGGGACACGAGCAGCCUACCGACUCCAGUCCCGCUGAAUUCAGCAACGCGGACGACUACGAGUUUGAUGAAUCGCAGGAUUUUGACAAUUCCACUGACGGCAUGGGAUCUCUUGUUAUGGAACCUGGCAAGGUCGGCUAUACAGGCCCUCAAUCUGGUGUUGCAGCUUUGAAAUUCCUACAAACCCUCCAUCUCUAUAUUCCCAUUCAUGGUAGAAAGCCUUAUCCACUGGACGAGCCGGAUUCGCGCAGCAUACCAGAGGCAUCGUCCGCCGACAUUGCGCGCUACAUAAACGAUUACUUUGCCAUUUAUCACACAGAUUAUCCUCUUCUCCACGAGGGGACCUUUCGCGCCCGUGUUUCAGGUGCACUAGCCAAACCACGAGAUGGUUCAUGGCCGCUCUUGUAUAACAUCAUCAUAGCCAUUGGAGCCUUUGUUGGCGGAACCGAUGCAUCGGAUAAUGACGUCCCGUUUUACAAGACUGCCCGCCAAAACUUGACCAUGGAUAUCUUGGAAAUAGGGUCCCUGGGUUAUGUUCAAGGUCUCGUGCUCAUGGCAAAUUACCUACAAAAGCGCAAUAAGCCAAAUUCUGGGUUUACCAAGUGCCUUCCCAAGGUCUGA